AUGAGCUCGCCAAGUGCUCAGCAUCGACGCAACACGUCUCUCGAUCCAUUCUCCGAUCCCGACGUCUACUAUGGCGAUGAGGAUAACAUUGCUCGCAUGAGAGACCGUAAGCGGGCAUUCUCUUCGACUCUCAAAUCUUUCAAUCGGGAUGACAUUCAAGAAUUUCUCGGAGGCCAAUUCCCCGCAAGAAGAGCGAGUCAUGAUGAGACGCCGGCCGUUCCCCGCAAAUUCCUCAUUGACGUUGACACAACGCUCCACAGUCUGUUGGAGCGGGAAGACACAGAUCGGAACAUGCAGAUAACGAUAGAAGAUGUGGGCCCCAAGGUAUUCUCCGUGGGAACCGCUGCAUCUUCGGGAUACAACCGAUUCGACUUGCGAGGAACAUACAUGCUUUCCAAUCUCCUUCAGGAGCUCACAAUCGCCCAGGACUACGGUCGGAAACACAUUGUGCUCGAUGAAGCCCGUCUCAGUGAGAACCCUGUCGCACGGCUCUCUCGUCUCAUCAAGAACUCCUUCUGGAACGCCCUGACACGGCGUAUUGAUGGACAUAACAUUGCUGAAGCUGGUCGCGAUCCCAAGGAUUGGACGGACGACCCACGACCCCGGGUCUACGUCCCUCCGGGAGCCCCGGAGCAGCUUGAGUACUACAAGGGUAUUGCGGAAGCGCAUCCCGAGCUGCGCCUGGAUGUGCAGUUGUUGGACUCGAAUAUUACUCCGGAGUAUACCAGGAGGCUGAAUGAUAAGCCCGGUCUUCUGGCAUUGGCCAUGGAGAAGAAGGUUGAUGAAGCCACGGGGAAGACUGAGUAUAGUGGAGUUCCUUUCGUGGUCCCGGGAGGAAGGUUCAACGAGCUAUAUAACUGGGACAGCUAUAUGAUGUCUCUGGGUCUGCUGGUUAGCAACAGAGUCGACCUGGCUAAAGGCAUGGUGAUCAACUUCUGUUUCUGCAUCAAGCACUACGGGAAGAUCUUGAACGCAAAUCGUUCGUACUACCUCAUGCGUUCCCAGCCUCCUUUCUUGACCGACAUGGCUUUGCGUGUCUAUGAACGGAUCAAGAAUGAGCCCGAUGCAAUGGAUUUCCUUCGCAAUGCGACGCUUGCCGCAAUCAAGGAGUACUAUAGCGUUUGGACGGCCGAGCCGCGAUAUGAUCCGGUUUCUGGUCUUUCCAGAUAUCGCCCUGAAGGUGAAGGAGUGCCUCCGGAGACGGAGCCGACUCAUUUCCUUCAUAUUCUGACUCCGUAUGCCGAGAAGCACGGCAUGAGCUUUGAAGAAUUUGUUGAGGCCUACAACGAAAGGAAGAUCCUGGAGCCGGAGCUCGACGAGUACUUCCUGCACGACAGGGCCGUGCGAGAGUCGGGACAUGACACCAGCUACCGUUUGGAGAGAGUCUGUGCCAACCUGGCUACCGUCGAUCUGAAUUCACUGUUGUACAAGUACGAGGUGGACAUUGCCCGCAUCAUCCGCACCUACUUCAAGGACAAACUCGAGAUCCCGCAGGAAUUCCGGACAGCGUCGACCCAGGAUAUCCAAUUCGAGUCAUCCUCGGUCUGGGACCGUCGCGCACGCAGAAGAAAGAUGCGUAUGGACACUUACCUCUGGGAUGAGGAGAAGGGAAUGUAUUUCGACUACGAUACUGCCAAGCAGGAGCGCACCUCGUACGAGAGUGCCACCACCUAUUGGGCGAUGUGGGCUGGUCUCGCGACACCCCACCAAGCAUCGCAGUUGGUGCAGUCCCUCAAGCGGUUCGAGGCCUACGGAGGCCUGGUCUCGGGAACUGAAGAAUCUCGGGGUGCCGUUGGCCUGGAUCGGCCUAACCGGCAAUGGGAUUACCCGUACGGAUGGGCACCGCAGCAGAUGCUGGCAUGGACAGGUUUGAUGCGCUAUGGCUACCAAGAGGAAGCCGAGCGCCUGGCAUACAAGUGGCUGUAUAUGAUCACCAAGGCCUUUGUCGAUUUCAACGGCGUGGUGGUCGAGAAGUACGACGUCACCCGGCCUAUUGACCCACACCGAGUGGAUGCCGAGUACGGCAACCAAGGUGUGGAUUUCAAGGGGGCUCCCCGCGAAGGGUUCGGAUGGGUCAACGCCAGCUACGUGUAUGGACUGGAAAUACUCAAUGCCCAUCAGCGACGCGCCCUGGGCGCAAUCACGCCGUACGAAACGUACAACAAGGCGGUGGCUGUCCAAGACUACUAA